AUGGUAUCGAUGCGGGCGCCGGAGACUGGUGUGCCGAUGUCGAUUGGCGCGCGGACCGACGUGGACGGUCCAUUAUGUCGGUUCGUAUCUGCGCAUUUCGAGGUAUCAACGAAUAGCGCAAACAAUGAUGCGCAUUACGGUGCCUUCCCGACACGCACACAUACCUGCGGUGAGCUGAGGGCCUCGCACGAUCAGCAGCAGGUCGUUCUCACCGGCUGGCUGCGGUCCUCUCGACAAGUGUCGAAGCAGCUCGGCUUCUUCACCCUCUUCGACCACACCGGUAGUGUUCAGCUCAAAGUACAACCAACAGACGCAUGCCCCAAUCUCCUCGACCAUCUCUCUUCGAUACCCUUGCAGAGCGCCAUCCUGAUCAGUGGAACAGUGGCUUUGCGACCAAAGCAAGAUUCCAAGGCAGAUCAGUCCACCGGCGCGAUAGAGAUCCUACCCGAUAGCUUCAUGCUCCUCAAUCCAGCUACGAAAGAUCUGCCCUUCCAGCCAUCCGACUCCGUUCAUGCAUACAGCGUCUCGAGCGAGCUUCGUGCUCGGUACAGAUAUCUGGAUUUGCGACGUCCAUCGCUCGCCCGAAAUAUCCGGCUGCGCAGUCGUAUCACACAUGCAGUCAGGAACCAUCUCUAUGACCACGGAUUCCUCGAGAUCGAAACUCCCAUACUUCUCAGAUCCACGCCCGAAGGCGCUCGCGAAUUCCUUGUUCCCACUCGAACCUCGUCUACUGCCAACAACUCGGCAGAACCCUCCUUUUACGCCCUACCACAAUCCCCGCAGCAGCCGAAACAGCUCUUGAUAGCAUCCGGAGUCACUGACAAGUACUUCCAAAUCGCAAAGUGUUUCCGCGAUGAAGACGGACGCAAGGAUCGUCAACCCGAGUUCACUCAGAUCGACCUCGAGAUGGGCUUUGUCAGUGGUGGACCUGAAACGGCUGCAGAGGCACAGCAGCCAUCGUCACAUGCAGCGCACGAACAUGCCGAUCCUCGCGAUGCUUCAGGUCAGUGGAGGAUCGGCGGUCACCAGGUUCGCGACGUCAUCCAAGGCCUGGUCAAGCGCAUUUGGGAGGCUGCCGGCAGAGGCGCCUUGCCCGAUCGCUUCCCUGUCAUGUCCUACUGGACAGCCAUGACGCGCUACGGAUCAGAUAAGCCCGACCUACGAUACGCUCUUUCCCUUCACGACAUCUCUGCAGGCUUCAGAUCUUCGUCUGAGCCAGAGCUUCCCGAUCUUGACGCAUCGCGUGUUAGCCUCGAGAUCUUGCCGUACCAGCAUCACGCCGCCGGUUCGCUGUCCAAAAAGGAACUCGAAAGCCUCCUCUCGCCCUUCAAAGGCAAAGUCGAACGCUUCCGCAUCUCAUCAAAGGACAACGUUCACGAGUUAGCCGCGCUGCUGCUCAAGAAGAGCAACUUGACGCGUUUGUUCCUCGGUCAGGAAUUCGAGAACGAUCUUCCCGCUUCCGAAGUCGACGUCGAACACCUCGCUCAGACCUUGCUUAUUGCGAUCGAGUCUGAGUCGCGAGAGGCGGACUCAUCCGAGCCGGUCGAUGUGUUUGUCUCGAUGCGACCGAAUCCACCAGAGGGUGGCAGCACCGCAUUAGGAGAUGUACGCAAGCUUCUCGCCGCCGCUCUAUGCUCCAAGAGCCUGCUCACUCUUGACGCCGACGCGUUCACCUGGAUCACCGAGUUCCCCCUCUUCACACUCGCUGAUGACGACAAGAACCUCCUCUCCUCCCUCUCCUCCUCCUCGUCCACCACUGCUUCCACACGAUGGCAGUCAUCACACCAUCCAUUCACCGCUCCCGUAGCCUCCGAUAUCCCACUCCUCCUCUCCUCUGCCCACAACCCUUCCAGCAUCGCCUCCAUCCGAGGUCAGCACUACGACCUCGUUCUCAACGGUCAAGAGAUCGGCGGCGGCUCCGUUCGAAUCCACUCGCGCAAACAUCAGCAACACGUCUUUUCCGAAAUCCUCCAACUCGAUUAUUCCGAACAGGCGAGAUUCUCCCAUCUGCUGCAUGCUUUGGACUGUGGGGCUCCACCUCACGCUGGUAUCGCGUUGGGUUUCGAUCGUCUCAUGGCCAUCCUCUGUGGAACGGAAAGCAUCAGAGACGUCAUUGCCUUCCCGAAACAGGGUUCAGGAGUGGACCCGCUGUUCGGAUCUCCUGCACCACUGAGAGGCGUGGACGAAGAUCAAGGUGCAGCUGAAAAGUUACUUCGAAUGUACGGUUUGACCAAAUCCUCUCCCUCACAAUAA